CGCGCCACUGCGCAGUACGUAUACGUAACGCGUCCGAAUACCGCUUUAAAUUCAGAUAUCAGCGAUUUCGUUUCGGCGCUAAAAUGUAAAUUGGGCUGAGGAAACAUACAGAACAAAAAGCGAAGAGCGAACGAUAGAAAUUCGUGAAUUUCGAAUUUCGAAUUGCGAACCCAAAACACAACGACGAGGUGAAGGUCAAGUCGCCCCCCGAUGACUAUGUUCUGGCAUAAUCACCAACAAAAUGUGGAUCACCAGACGACGACGGAUCAGCAGCAGGAGCAGCAAAAGUCAAAGACCGCCACCAGUGCCAAUCCUGCCAAGCGCCUGAACAUCAGCUUCAAUGUAAAGAUUGCCGUGAAUGUCAACACCAAGAUGACCACCACGCACAUCAAUCCGUCACCGCAGCAGUCCAACUCCAAGGGCAACUCCUCACCCACCAAGACUGUGGUGCAGCAACAGCAUCGUGGCGGCACCUUCGAUCUCCGCCAGCAGCUGACCCGCCUGGGACGUCAGUUGACCAGCGGCCAGGAUGGGCAUGGCGGCAUCUCCACGAUUUUAAUUGUGAAUCUCCUCCUGCUUAUUCUGCUCUCCAUCUGCUGUGAUGUGUGUCGCUCCCAUAACUACUCAGCUCCACGCAGUGGACCCGAGCCCAUAAAGGAGCAGCAACUGGAUCUGCUCCGACCCAAGCUGGACAGCGAUGUGGUUGAGAAGGUGGCCAUAUGGCACAAGCAUGCCGCUGCAGCUCCGCCUAGCAUCAUUGAGGGAAUAGCCACACUAGGAAGUAGACUAAUCACAGUGGCUCCAUCAGAUUCUCAGCAGGAGGAAGAGCAGGGACAGGAGCAGGAGCAGGAGGAGCGACAGCAGCAGCAGCAGCAGCAGGGCGUCGACGAGCGGAUGGUCCUUGAACGUGUCACCCAAUGCGUCCAGCGUUGCAUUGUGGAGGAGGAUCUGUUUCUGGACGAGUUUGGGAUCCAGUGUGAGAAGGCGGACAACAGCGAGAAGUGCUACAAGACGCGGUGCACAAAGGGCUGUGCUCAGUGGUAUCGUGCCCUCAAGGAGCUGGAGCCCUGCCAGGAGGCCUGUCAAUCCCUGCAAUUCCAGCCCUAUGAUAUGCCCUGCAUUGGUGCCUGUGAGAUGGCUCAGCGUGACUAUUGGCACCUCCAGCGAUUGGCCAUUAGCUCCAUGGUGGAGCGGACACAACCACAGCUGGAGCGGGCUCCACGUCCCGAUGGACAGACACCGCCAUUGACCAUACGCUGGGCCAUGCACUUUCCAGAGCAUUAUUUGGCCAGCAGACCCUUUAAUAUACAAUAUCAGUAUGUGGAUCACCAGGGAGACGAAGAGGAUCCAGAAGAGCAGGAUCAAGAGCAGCAGGAACUGGAGCAGGAUCGGGUAUCACAAGAGACCAGCACCUGGUUCAACCUGGCGGACUAUGACUGCGACGAGUACUAUGUCUGUGAGAUUCUGGAGACUCUCAUACCCUACACUCAGUACAGGUUCCGCUUCGAGCUGCCCUUUGGCGAGGACAGUGACGAGGUGCUUUACUCUCCGCCCACGCCCGCUUAUCAAACACCGCCGGAAGGUGCCCCCAUCUCGCCACCAGUCAUUGAGCAUCUGCUGGCCUUGGAUGAUGGACAUCUGGCAGUGCAUUGGCAUCCUGGACGCUUUACCAAUGGACCCAUCGAGGGUUAUAGGCUGCAUUUGAGCUGCGAGGGAAAUCGUAGCCAGGAACAGUUGGUUCCAGUUUCCCAUGGCAGUCAUAUCUUUGCCCAUCUCCUGGCUGGUACCAACUACACUUUGGAGCUGACAAUGAUCAACAAGCAGGGCGAGGGUCCAGCGGCCAAGGCCUGGGCUGAGACGCAGUCUCUGCCGCCUGAGAAGCCGGUGAAGGAUCUCACGGAGACUGUGCUCCUGGUGGGACGCAGGAGGAUUGUCUGGCAGUCAUUGGAACCGGCUGGAGAGAGCUCCACGAUCUAUCAGUCGCAGGAGGAGCUAGCCGAUGUGGCCUGGUCACAGCAGGAUCAGCAGCUGUGGCUCCUGGAUGUGCAUGGGGAGUUGCGCAGCAUGAAGGUGGAAGCUGGACAGAUGAUGAGUCCUGUUCAGAAACUGCAACUGGAUUUGGGUAAUAUCUCCACAAACAAAGAAGAACAAUGGAUACCCCGGCGCCUGACCUACGAUUGGCAGCAUCAGCGUCUCUACUUUGCCAUGGAUCCCCUUGGAGGGAAUCAAUCCAACUCACAGCUGAUCAGCACGGAUCUAGAGGGCAGCACAGCGGUCACACUUGGCGAAGCUCUUCACCUACCCGUGGAACAGUUGGAGGUGGAUGCUCUAAAUGGCUGGCUCUUCUGGCGGGAUGAGGAGGGCCUGUGGCGUCAGGAUCUGCAUGGUGGACAUCGGCAUCGUCUGCUUAGGAUCAGGCAGCCGGGAUGGUUUGUCCUGCGGCCACAGCACUGGCUCAUCCGUCUACUGUUGCCCCAGGAGGAGGAGGCGGAGGAUAAGUUCCUGGAGUUGAGCUAUGAUGGGGGCUUCAAGCAUCCCCUGUCGCUGUCCCUGCCUCGGAAUGGUUCCUCCUUUGCCUGGGCAAGCUUUGCCAUGCUGGGCAGCUCGUGGUUGCUGCCUGAAAAGGAUAACCUAGUUCUAAUGGCUGGUGGCCAGCCUGGAGGAGCUCUGGCUGCCAUGUGGCCCUUGAAGAGCCUGCCUGACUGCUGGGCAGUGCUGCUCCUGGUGGCGGAUACCCAACCCCUAGCCAGCUUUGGAGCCGGCGGAGGCAAACCCCAUCGUCUUAGGGCUCGACUGGGAGCUCAGGCGGCGAAGAUCUUCUGGCGGGAGCCAACGCGUAAUCCCUACCAAUCAACGGACAUGGCUCGCGGCUGGAGCUACGAACUGGAGGUCCUGGACGUGGCCAGCCAGAGUGCCUUUAGCAUCCGGAAUAUCCGUGGACCCUUCUUUGGCCUGCAGCGCCUCCAGCCGGACAAUCUCUACCAGCUGCGAGUUCGAGCCAUAAGUGCCGAUGGCGGAGAGCCUGGAGAGUGGACAGCUCCGCUGGCGGCUCGCACCUGGCCGCUGGGACCACAUCGCCUGCGCUGGGCCAGUCGGAAUGGCGGCAGACUCCUCGUCACCGACGAACUGGGCGAGCGGGCAGAGUUGCUGGCACAGCGGCUGGAGGAUCAACCCGGAGCCAUGACCAUGGUCAAUGAGAGCAUCGGUUACUACGUCAGUGGAGGCGCUGGACUGCUCCACUGCGUCAAUUUGCUCCACAGCCAGACAGGAGCAGCAGGAGCAGGUUGUCCCAUGUCAGAGCCACUGCGUCAUGUGGGCGCUGUGACAUACGACUGGCGAGGAGGUCGACUGUACUGGACGGAUCUGGCCAGGAAUUGUGUGGUGCGCAUGGAUCCCUGGUCGGGACGACGUGACCUGCUGCCCAUCUUUGAGGCUCGCUCCCUGGCCAUGGACUCACGGCAGGGUCAUCUCUACUAUGCCACCGGCUCUCAGCUGGCUCGGCACGGAGCCACGCCCGAAGAGGCGGUGUCCUACUAUCGGGUGAGUGGACUGGAGGGUAGUAUUGCCUCCUUCGUGCUGGACACACAGCAGGAGCAGCUCUACUGGCUGGUGGGCAGUGCCUCUGCCUCGGCCCUGCGCCUGUACCAGGCUCCCUUGGCCCCUGGAGGAGGCGCCAGCAACAAUGGAGCUCAGCUCCUGCGGCAGGUUAAGGGUGUGACUGGCGGCCAGAGGGUCAUCCCGCAGAGCCUGCAGCUGCUGAGACCGCUGGGCGCUCUUCUCUGGCUAGAGCAGAGUGGACGAAGGGCGCGUUUGGUUCGCCUCACGUCGCCUCAGGAUGCCAUGGAGCUGCCGGCGCCGAAGGAAGCCUCUCCGGCCUCUGCCCUGCAGCUGUUGGAUCAGCAAUCUCCUCCAGCUCCGGACAGCGGUGUGGUGCCUUUGACGGUGGCUCCAGAUACCGUGCGCCUGGAUGAUGGCCACUGGGAUGACUUCCAUGUCCGCUGGCAACCCUCCACGUCGGCGGGCAACCACAGUGUCUCGUAUCGGGUGCUCCUGGAGUUUGGCCAGCGUCUGCAGACCCUCGAUCUGACCACUCCCUUUGCCCGGCUCACCCAGCUGCCACAGGCUCAGCUUCAGCUGAAGAUUAGCAUCACGCCGCGCACCGCCUGGCGAAGUGGUGUCACCACUCGUGUCCAGCUUACUACUCCUCCGGCGGCACCCACACAGCCUCGUCGCCUGCGGGUGUUCGUGGAGCGUCUGUCGGCCCCCCUCUUGGAGGCCAAUGUGAGCGCGGUUCUCCGCUGGGACACUCCCGAGCAGGGCCAGGGUCAGGAAGCACCUGCCCAGGCGCUGGAGUACCACAUCAGCUGCUGGCUGGGCACGGAGCUGCACGAGGAGCUGCGCCUCAACCAGAGUGCCCUGGAGGCACGCGUGGAGCACCUACAGCCGGACCAGACCUACCACUUCCAGGUGGAGGCUCGUGUGGCCGCCACAGGAGUUGCCGCGGGAGCCGCAAGCCAUGCCCUUCACGUAGCCCCCGAGGUGCAGGCUGUGCCAAGGAUCCUGUACGCCAAUGCGGAGUUCAUUGGGGAGCUGGACCUAGACACGAGGAGUCGUCGGCGACUGGUGCACACGGCCAGUCCAGUGGAGCAUCUGGCGGUAAUGGAGGGUGAACAGCGGCUGCUGUGGGUCAACGAGCACGUGGAGCUGCUGACCCAUGUGCCGGGCGCAGCUCCAGCCAAGCUGGCAAGGAUGCGAGCUGAGGUCCUGGCCCUGGCCGUGGACUGGGUGCAGCGCAUCGUCUACUGGGCGGAACUGGAUGCCACGCAGGCACCGCAGGCACCAGCGGCGGUGAUCUAUGGCCUGAAUUUGUGUCACUUUGAGGGCAAGAUCCUGCAAGGCCAGAGGUUGUGGAGCACGCCCAGGGGUCGCCUGCUAAGGGAUCUGGUGGCCCUGCCCAAUGCCCGAUCUCUGGUCUGGCUGGAGUAUGACCAGGAGCUGCCCAGGAAUGGUUCGCUGCGUGGCAGGAACCUAACCGAUGGCACUGAGCUCCAGUUGGGGACGACGGUCCAACCUUUGAUCCGUUUGCAUGCCGGGAGCCUGGAACCUGGUGGAGAAACCCUCAAUCUGGUGGAUCAGCAGGGUAGGUUGUGUGUCUACGAUGUGGCCCGGCAGCUGUGCACGGCCAGCAGUGCUCUGCGUGCGCAGUUGGGUCUGCUGGGCGAUGACUCCAUCUCGGGACAGCUGGCCCAGGACUCGGGUUACCUUUACACUCUGAGGAAUGGCAGCAUUCGGGCUUAUGGCCGGCGGCGACAGCAGCUGGAGUAUAUGGUGGAGCUGGAGCCGGAGGAAGUGCGUCUGCUGCAGGCCCAUAACUACCAGGCCUACCCUUCCAAGAGCUGUCUCCUGUUGCCAGCACCUGCUACUAGUCCUGGAGGAUCUCCGCUAGGGGAAGCAGCGGAGUGCGAGGAACAGGCAUGUCGCUUGAAGUUGCCACAGAUCAUGGCUUCCAGUGAGUGCUCAAUGCCUGUGCCUGGAGUCAGCUAUCAAUUGAACUUGACUCUGGCCAAGGAUCAGGAGUUGGAGUCACCUACACCGCCGUCUCUGGGACACUGGCAGCUCAGCGCUGGAGAUACUCUAAGCAUCUCCAAUCUCCUGCCCUUCACUCGCUACCGCUUGGAUGGUGUCAUUAGUAGCUACUAUCAGAAGAGACUGGGUCUGGCCAGUGGAAUGAUGACGCCUCUGGAACUCCUGACUGCUGCAGCUUCUCCUUCAGCUCCAAGGAACUUUAGUGUUCGGGUGCUGAGUCCCAGGGAACUGGACGUCAGUUGGUUGCCACCAGAUCGACUCCGCAGCGAGAGUGUCUACUACACGCUCCACUGGCAAAGAGAGCAGGAAGGCGAGGAGGAGCAGGAUCUGGAUGAGGAGAAGGACACGGUGCAAUCCCUUCGCCUGGAGAAGGCGGGCAGCCAUCGCCUGGCGGGCAUCAAGCCAGGAACCGGGUACCGUCUGUGGGUUCAGGCUCAUGCCACGCCCACAAAGACCAAUAGCACUGGACGCUUGCAUGUGCGGAGUUUUGCUGAGCUGCCGGAACUGCAACUUCUGGAACUUGGACCCUACUCCCUCAGUCUCACCUGGCCGGGUACACCGGAUCCUUUGGCAUCUUUACUCCUCGAGUGUCGAUCCCCCAGCGAGCAGCUGCGUCGAAAUGUGGUGGGUAAUCACACGCGGAUGGUGCUGGAGCCCCUGCAGCCACGCACAAGGUAUCAGUGUCGCCUGCUCCUGGGCUAUGCGGUCACCCAGGGAGCUCCACUCUAUGCCGGCUCUGCGGUGGACUACGAGACGCUGGGAGAUGCACCCAGUCAGCCGGGUAAGCCGCAGCUGGAGCACAUUGCUGAAGAGGUGUUCCGGGUGACAUGGACAGCGGCACGCGGCAAUGGAGCACCGAUUGUCCUGUACAAUCUGGAGGCCUUGCAGGCACGGAGCAAUGGUCACCGACGGCGGCGUCGAAGACGAAGGAAUAGCGAUGGAUCCGUGGAGCAGUUGCCUUGGGCCGAGGAACCUGUGGUGGUGGAGGAUCAUUGGUUGGACUAUUGCAACACCACCGAGCUGAGCUGCAUUGUGCGAAGCCUGCACUCGAGCAGGUUGCUCCUGUUCCGGGUUAGGGCACGCAGCCAAGAGCAUGGCUGGGGUCCUUGGAGUGAGGAGAGUGAACGAGUGGCCGAGCCCUUUGUUUCGCCAGAGAAGCGUGGAUCUCUGGUCCUGGCCAUCAUUGCUCCAGCGGCCAUUGUGUCCAGCUGUGUCCUGGCACUAGUCCUGGUGCGCAAGGUUCAAAAGCGUCGCCUGCGAGCCAAGAAACUCCUCCAGCAGAGCCGUCCCAGCAUCUGGAGCAACCUGUCCACACUGCAGACACAGCAGCAACUGAUGGCAGCCAGGAAUCGUGCCUUCUCCACAACGCUAAGCGAUGCAGACAUUGCCCUUCUCCCACAGAUCAACUGGAGUCAAUUGAAGCUACUGCGAUUUCUGGGCAGUGGUGCCUUUGGAGAGGUCUACGAGGGUCAGCUGCAGACGGAAGAUGCCAAGGAGCCGCAGCGGGUGGCCAUCAAGAGCCUGCGUAAGGGUGCCAGCGAGUUUGCCGAGCUGCUCCAGGAGGCCCAGCUGAUGAGUAACUUUAAGCAUGAGAACAUUGUCUGCCUGGUUGGGAUUUGCUUCGACACCGAGUCCAUUUCGCUGAUCAUGGAGCACAUGGAGGCCGGGGAUCUUCUCAGCUACCUGCGUGCCGCCAGAGCCACCGCAAGUGGCCAGGAUCCUGGGCUCUCCCUCUCCGAGCUGCUGGCCAUGUGCUUAGAUGUGGCCAAUGGCUGCAGUUAUCUGGAGGACAUGCACUUUGUCCACCGUGACCUGGCCUGUCGCAACUGUCUGGUGACGGAGGCGGCGGUGUCCACAUCUGGAUCCUUGACGGAUCGCCGGCGAACGGUGAAGAUCGGUGACUUUGGGCUGGCGAGAGAUAUCUACAAGAGUGACUAUUACCGGAAGGAGGGCGAGGGCCUCCUGCCCGUCCGGUGGAUGUCACCCGAGAGCCUUGUUGAUGGCGUCUUCACCACCCAGUCGGAUGUGUGGGCCUUUGGAGUGCUCUGCUGGGAGAUACUCACGCUGGGCCAGCAGCCAUACGCGGCCAGGAAUAACUUUGAGGUGCUGGCCCAUGUCAAGGAUGGCGGUCGUCUUCAGCAGCCGCCCAUUUGUCCGGAAAAGCUUUACGCUCUCCUCCUGCUCUGCUGGCGCACAGAUCCUUGGGAGCGACCUAGCUUCCGGCGGUGCUACAACACCCUUCAUGCCAUUAGCACUGAUGUGAGACGUAGUCAGAUGGUGACUCCGGUCACAACGGAGGUGGUGACCACUUCCAAGCCCGAGCCCAAGGUUCGCUUUGAUGGGGAGGUAAUGGAGGAUAAGCCAAGGGAUCGGGAUAGGGAUGGGGAGCGGGAUCAGGCGGAGGAGAACCUCGCCCUGCGUGUGGUGGAGGGUAGUUCUAAUAGCAAUCCUAAUCCCCUCAAAGAUCAGAAACUCUAUGCCAAUGAGGGCGUGUCCCGACUGUAAGGGGGCUUUGGUCUCCGUCUUUCCAAAAAAAUUAAUUCACACGAGUAGCUUUUCGAAUAAUCUUAAGUGUAAUUUAAAUUUCUAUCCCAAAAAGGCACAAGAAUAUUUUGACUUUAAGUAAUAAUAAUUAUUAUUUUUAUUUA